CAUUUACUCAGGGACAGUAGCAGGUGCUCGAGAGGCAUUUUUCAAUGGUGUACCUGCUGUCUCAAUGUCAUAUGAUUGGAUUGGAGGUAGGAGCAAUAUUAAUGACUUCACACUGGCUGCUGAGGCCUGCUUGCCUAUCAUAAGUGCAAUAUUGGCUGAGAUCAAGAACAAAAGUUAUCCUCUGGGUUGUUUUCUGAAUAUAGAUCUGCCAACGAAUGUACCGAAUCACAAGGGAUAUAAGUUGACUAGACAGGGCAAGAGUAUUGUCAGAAUGGGGUGGACGCAAGUUACUUCUGGUGCACAAGGAGGAAAAAUGUUGUCAACAAUGACGAUGGAGAUGAAUUCAUCGGCAUGUACAGAUUCAGAUGCUUUAAGUAUACCACAAGAACAUCUUUUAUUCAAGAGAGAAGUAAGGGGUGGCCAAGUUGAAGAUGGUGAUACAGACUACUCUUCCCUUCGAGAAGGAUAUAUAACUGUUACGCCACUUGGGGCCUUAUCUCCUGCAGAGAUUGACUGCCAAGCAUACUUUAAAGAAUGGCUACCUGGCGUGGCUGAACGCCCUUCUUCCUCUGCCUUGUGA